UAUGUCAUCGCGCUAUAACUUUCCUCUUUGUGCACAACUAUUUUUUUAAGUGGAAAAGUUUUUGUGAGCGUUUUCUUCGCAAGCUCUCCAGUUUUAUUACGCUGCCCGAGUACUUUUGUUAGAUUGUUAUCUCAUUUCUUCCCAUUUUUCAAACGCUUUUAGAGGCUGAAGUGAAGAGGAAUACCGAGCCUUUUAAAGACCAAUUCAUCGCGGGUGACUGUGCUGGGCAGACACUGCCAUGACUACCCAGCCUUCAGCUACGCUGCCCAGACUACGGUGGACUACCAACCAUCCUUCAGGGUAGCUGGGAAAGAUGGACUCACUGAAAGUUACCACCCGGAUUCUCCAUUGCCACCCGGGUGACCAAGAUCAGGAUAUAAUAAUUAAGUUGUCCCUGGAUGGCACAGGCUAGAAGACGAGAUGAAGCUAACUUUUUUGGCAGCAGCCAGCAGAGUUGAGGGGAUUCUGGCUUUUUCCAGUGUGUUUUAAUAUCUAGGUAGACAAAGUCUAUCAGCAAAGACUGAUCCAAGUCAAGUUAUCUCCCAGACAAACCCACAGAAAGUGCAGCCAAAUAUUCAUGGUACAUUUGGGUGGGAUCUGGUGCUGAUUUUAAACUCUGCUUUUUAAACUUACCAGUGUAUAUCCGUGUUUUAUAAUCCCCCUAAUUAAGAGACAGAAUAGGCACAAGGAAGCGCAGUCACCAUGCCCAGGCCAAGGGCAGGGCCUGAUCCACCACCUGAGGACAUUUAUGACUUCUCCAUGGACGCAGAGGAGGCUCAGUCUCUCCGCUUGCAAACGAAACCCUUAGAGCAGACGUCUCCUCUGAGCAAAUAUAUUGAGACUGAACACCAGCAAGCGGGGCUCUUCUCUAUCUUACCCAUCGACGCCUCUGACCUCCAGAAAAAAAGAAGGAAGAAAUGUGGUGCCUGCACCCCCUGCCUCCGUAAAGAGAACUGUGGUAACUGCGCAAACUGUCUGAACCGGAAGACGGGCAAGCAGAUCUGCAGGCUGCGCAAGUGUGAACAGCUGAAGAGGAGACGGAAUGAGUGGGAGGUGGAAUAUUUUGAAGACAACAGUCGAGGCUGCUUGGGAGACCCCGAACUGGCAGCUGAGACUGUUCACGAAGUCGAUUCAGUGGAUGGCCCCAGAAGUGGAGGCCAGAUGGAAAUUGGGUCACAUGACCGCCUCCAGGAAGGCGCGCUGAGCCUGGAACUGGCCAAUGGGGUAAAUUGCUACCCUAAUAAUGAUGAGACAUCUAUGGAAACAGAGCAGCAGAGGGCAGGAAGCAUGCCUCCAAGGCAGUGGGUGUCAGGACAUGGCAAAGUCAGUGACACCCAACAACAGCAACCAUGUUGGAACAGCGGCAGUGAUACAAACCCUGAUGAACCUGUCCACCACGCAAACAUGGAGGAUGCCCACAAUCUGGUAGCUUUUUCUGCUAUUGCUGGCUCCUUGCCUCCUUCUUCCUCCUCUUCCUGCCUCGUGCAGCCUAACACAGCCCAGCUAUAUGAGAAGUUCACCCAGGAGAUGGGUUCAGAGGGGGCUCAGGCCAGACUCUCUGCAGGGGCUCCUGAGGGUAGCUGCCAACCUCCAGAAGACCUGAACACCCUACAAACAGCACUGAGCCAAGCGAAACAUGGACACAAGCCCCCUAACUGCAACUGUGAUGGGCCUGACUGUCCUGACUACCUUGAGUGGCUGGAGAAGAAGAUUAAGUUGGCAACAAGUGAGGACCAAGGCACCUGUAAGAUGUCAGAUGCUCCUCGACACUUACAGCCUCACCUACAGCAACCCCAUUUGCAACGUCACCCUCAGCCCUACCCCCAGGUGAAUGGUGGCCACCGUCAGUCUACUUCAUACCCCACGCAGCAAAUGGGAACUCAAGGCCCUCAUCCAGACCAAGUGCCCUGCUCCAAACCCCCAAUUCCCUGCUCUCCCCAGGUGCUCUCCAUAGCAAAGGAAAAGAACAUCAGUCUUCAGACAGCCAUCGCCAUAGAAGCCCUGACCCAGCUAGCUGGUACUGGUCUGCAAGCUGUCGGCUCUCCAGGUCAAGCCCCCUACACCAGUAACCUCCAUCACCAUCAACAUACCCAAAACCCUCCAUCUCAUCCCCCCAAUGGCACUAGCUUGAUCCUGUCCUCUCCCAGCACCCACUCAUCUUCCUCACGCUCUCAAUCUGUCCCUCCAGGACUUCACACGAGCCAGCAGGGACCAGUAUCCUGUGAGCACCACAGGCCCCAAUCCCAGGGCCAGCCACCCCAUGCUACCCCUCUCCCAUCCUCUACCUCUCCCUUCCCAGGUCAGGGAAAACAUCGAGGCUUCAGCCCCAAUCCCCAGCAGUGGCAGCAGGGCUCAGGCAGAGGUUCUGAACAGAAGAAUCCAUGGAUGUGUAUGAACUCUGAGCCUCAGUCUCACUACGCCGCUGCACCUCACAGUAACUCAGACCCCAUGUCAGAGCUCAAACAGCUGCUUGGUGACACCAGUGGCAAGUUCAGCAAUGCUCCUUUCAAGCUUCCAGUCACACAGCAGCUCAGGUUGAGCCAGAAUGGAGGUAUCCAGGCACAGGACCACCCAGCACUGGCCAGAAUAAAGCAAGAGCCACAAUCUGGUGAGCACUACCAUCACACUGCCUCCAUGGGACAUUAUGGCAUGGCUAAUUGUCAGCAACAGGGUCAGCACUACCCUGGCACUCCCCUGUCUCCUGGCCAAGCAGCUAUCAGUCACUCCACUCAGGCAGCUCUGCAACAUCACCUUCACUACAAGAGGAACCUCUUCUCUAACCACUCCCCUGGCUUUGGAGCACCAGGCCCUCAUGCACCUCUGGCUUGCCAAAACUUGAAAAAAUGGUGGCCACAGAUGGAGUCAGAAGGUUUGCCCCAUCUGGCUAUCAAACAGGAACCCAAGGAACCCAAGAAGAAAAAAAGCAGCCAAGGAUCUCCUGUCAUAAAAGCUAUGAGUGGGAUGCUUACAGGCCCUCCCCUACCCAAACCCAAACAGAUAAUUAUCAAGAAGACCAAGCAGAAAGCCUCCAUGCCAACCUUCCUGCCUCAGAAUCAGAUCACCAUACAAAAACCACCAGUCCUCAUCAUGGACAGAGCCCCGGCCCUGACCAGCCUGCAACCAGGUUCUCUCCCCUCUCUGCCCCUCCACAGUAACUCCACUCAGGCUGCUGCUGCAGGCCUCCCUGCCCCAGCCCAAUCUCAGGUAUCAAUUUCCAACUCCUCAAUGACUCCCUCUUCCAUUGUUUCUGCUUUGUCAGAAAACACUCCAGCCCUCAUGGGUCCUCUGCCCCCACCCAUGGCCCCUGUAGCCCAUGCUAAGUCAGAGGGAGCAAGCAGCCUGGCCUCCAGUAACACCAGCACCACCACACCUCUGACCUCCACAUCUCCAUCAAGCACCUCACAACUACCGAGUCUCAUUAACAUAGACCCGAAGUACGAAGAACUGAUCCGCCAGUUUGAGGCUGAAUUUGGGGACUCCAAUGCACCUGCUAGUCAGUCCAUGGUGCAAACCACUACUGCCCCUCAGCUGGGGAAUUGGUCCCAGACCAGUCCUCAAGACCUCAGUCCCUCAUCUUCAUCCAAAUCCCAGUUGGCUCCCUUAACUCUCUCUACUCAAGCCAGCUCCACAUCUCAUCAAAACGAUCAGGAGAUGGAAGUCAACAAGAAUGAGUCAGGGACCCCAAGUGAAGCAACGUUGAACCAGGUAUCCACAGAAAGCCCUAUUGAGCAACAGCAUGAGGGGCCCCUUCCUCUGCAUCAGGAGGCAAUUCUGGACAAGCAGCAGCAGCCCACUGUAUUAGAGGAUACAUUCAGCAUGCCAGGUUCUCCGCUCCCUAAACGCAUGAAGAUUGAAGCCUCGGGUGAUAUAACAGUACUCUCCACCACAUGCUAUUCUGAGGAGGACACGCCCACUAAGGACAGUCUACCUUCCUCUCCAUCUCUCAGAGGCUUCCUAGAGUCUCCUCUGCGCUAUCUGGACAGCCCCACCAAGACCUUGCUGGAUACUCCUUCCAAGGAUCUACAGGCAGAGUUCCCCACCUGCACCUGUGUGGAACAAAUUGUUGAAAAAGAUGAAGGACCCUAUUACAAUCACCUGGGAUCUGGACCUACUGUAGCCUCCAUACGAGACCUGAUGGAGAAGAGGUAUGGUGAGAAAGGCGAUGCCAUCCGGGUUGAGAAGGUGGUGUACACUGGCAGAGAGGGAAAGAGCUCGCGAGGAUGUCCUAUUGCUAAAUGGGUGAUCCGUCGCAGCAGUGAUACAGAGAAGCUGCUGUGUCUUGUGCGCCAUCGUGCUGGCCACCACUGUGCCAACGCUGUCAUCAUCAUCCUCAUUAUGGCCUGGGAAGGUGUCCCGAAGGCCAUGGCUGACCAACUGUACCGUGAGCUGAGUGACAGCCUCACCAAAUUUGGCAACCCCACCAGCCGACGCUGUGGCCUCAACGAUGAUCGUACCUGUGCGUGUCAAGGCAAGGACCCUGAAACUUGUGGCGCUUCCUUCUCCUUUGGCUGCUCCUGGAGUAUGUACUUUAAUGGCUGUAAGUACGCCCGCAGCAAAAUGCCACGCAAGUUCAGGCUACAAGGAGAUCGCCCUGAAGAGGAGGAAAAACUCAGGGAUCGAUUCCAGCAUCUGGCAACUGAGGUGGCUCCUUUGUACCAGAAGCUGGCCCCACAGGCUUACAGUAACCAGUGCCAGUCAGAGUCGAAAGCUCCAGAGUGCAGGCUGGGCUUGAAGGAAGGCCGUCCAUUCUCUGGAGUCACUGCUUGCAUGGACUUCUGUGCCCAUGCUCAUAAGGACCAGCACAACCUCUACAAUGGUUGCACAGUGGUGUGUACUUUAACUAAGGAGGACAACCGUAAGGUGAAGGGGAUUCCUGAGGACGAGCAGCUCCAUGUGUUGCCUCUUUACAAGAUCUCCCUGACUGAUGAGUUUGGUAGUGAGGAGGCCCAGCGCCUCAAGAUGCAGACGGGGGCCAUCCAGGUGCUUCAGGCUUUCCGCCGUGAGGUACGCAAGUUGCCCGAACCGGCCAAGUCCUGCCGACAGCGUAGACUAGAGGCCAAGAAGGCCUCCUCAGAGAAGAAGAAAAAUAAGCUAAUGCAGUCAGGGGAGACACCAGAGAAGACUGUGGUCAAGGCAGAGGUCUGCAUCCCCGGUUCCCCUCAACCCCAAGGCAAUAAAGCAAUUAUAAAACAAGAGGUGAAGCCCAACAUCAAGAAAGAGCACUUCAACGGAUCAAUAGAUGGAUACCCUGUGCAGGCACCAGACCCAUUCAACAACAUCUAUCCACACCCUGCCUACUAUGCAAGGGGAGGCCUUCCCCCAACUGGCCAGCCCUCUGCACCAGACCCAGUAAACGGUUACCACCACACUGCAAUGCACUAUGGCUACUACAACUAUCCCCCCAAUGCACUUUUCCCCCCUAAGCUGAGGACCUACGAGGGUCGAAAUGGCGCUUUGCCCAAAGCAGGCAGCAAGAUUGACCAGGUAGAAAAGAAGCCUGAUAUUCAGAGCCUUCAGGCCCGACUGGCCAAGUCCUACCCCAGCUACACAGAGCAAGCCAACCAACCAAACCACAGUGGUUACACCCACCCUGUGGACUACAACCAGUCCCGUCCUUCUUCUGUCUCUUCUGAAUCCUCCAACAGAGGCACUCCAGUCAUCAAACAGGAGCCUAUGGAUGUGCCAGUCUAUGAAGGCACAAUGCCAAGCCAGGCUGGUGCCAACACACCUAGCACCACCCCGCAGCCCAUGGCCUGGCCAGGGCACAAGCUUAACGGAAGUAUCGUUCCCACCAACUGGGACAGCCAUCUGAACCCUAAACAAAAUCCUGAAGCCUUAUUGUUGAACCCGGACAAGCAGCAGUUUCACCAGCAUCCCCAGCAGCGGCAGCCCUCUCCUUACCCCCAGCAGUGGACAUCCUACCCUGGAUCAAAUGCCCUGAUGGCUUCCCCUGCCCCAUCACCAUCCCUCCAGGUACCUCCCUCUCUAUCUCCAUCCCCUCAUCAAGGCACAGUGCUCCCAGGUCACAUACAUCAAGGCCACUCGCGCCCUGCCACCCCACGCCCAACCACCCCUCACCCAGGUACACCACAGCCUGGUAACCCCCACUCAGGCUUAGUUACACCACAGCCAGGUACCCCAGGCCCAGUCACCCCAAGGAACUGGGCCAGCCCAGCUCCUGGUCCUCAGCCGAAUGCUUGGGCCAUGGGCCCUGUGGCAUAUAGCCCUGGUUUGAAGCACAGCAAUCCUGCAGGAGCCUACCCUGACAAGAUCUGGUCCAAGACCGGGGAAAGUCGGUGUUCCACUCCCCUUGGGCUCCAAGAGAAGGCAUGGAAGUCUUGUGGAGGUUCAGUGGCAGGCAGUACCCCGUCCCCUGCCCCUGAGGGUCGCCUCUUCCCUGAUGCCCUGCAGCAGUCUGAUCAGGCCUGCUGGAACCCCAGCCGAGCUGAGAGUGAUGUUGAGAGCAACAAGGGCCGUGAAGAGGACGAUGAUGAGGUGUGGUCUGACAGUGAGCACAACUUUCUGGAUCCCAACAUUGGUGGUGUAGCUGUAGCACCAGCCCACGGCUCUAUCCUGAUUGAAUGUGCUCGUCGGGAACUACAUGCUACCACUCCGCUCAAAAAGCCUGAUCGCUCCCACCCCACCCGCAUCUCCCUGGUCUUCUACCAGCACAAGAACCUCAACCAGCCCAUGCAUGGCCUGGCUCUGUGGGAGGCCAAAAUGAAGCUACUGGCAGAGAGAGCACUGCAGAGGCAGCAGGAAGCGGCUCUUCUGGGCCUCUCCCAGGAGGACAUAAAGGCCCUUGGGAAGAAACGUAAGUGGGGGGCUACGGUGACAGGUGCCAGUCCAGGACCUGGACAAUCUAAAGACAAGAGGGAGGGGCCAGUGACGCGGGUAACCCCCACCUUCCACACCACCUCUAUGGUUACUGUGUCUCCCUAUGCCUUCACCCGCCUCACUGGGCCCUACAGCCACUUUGUCUAAGUUCAGACAGACAGAAAAUGACUGAUAGCUACAGAGUGGUGCAGUGGAGGGCUGGAGAGAGCGAUGAGCAGGAUGAAUGUCUCUCAGCCGUCCCGCAGUCUGGCAUCUCUCCAUCCUGCCCCCUCCGCAGUCCACUUGGAGGAGGGGACAUUUUUAUUGUUUUUUACCUCAUGUCAGGCAGUGGUUUGGGCUUCAGACACACUGCCUGUGGUGCUCUUCCUCUCUCUUCCCUGGAGAGGAACUCCAUUGCUUUUUCUUGUUUAUAGAAUUUUAAUGAUUCUAAUUAUUGCUAUUAUUAUCAAUAUUAUUAUGAUUGCUAUUGUUACUGUCAAUGUUGUUAUUACAGGUAUUAUUAUAAUGAAGAUUUGUUGUUUUUUUAUUAUUGCUGUUUUCAUUAAUGUUAUUAAUGAUGUGAUUGUUUUUGGUUAUAUAUUUUUUUAAAUCAAUCAGUCUGAGUCAGUCAGACUCAGACAAUUGCUUUUUCCAUGUUUGGAAAACAUGUACCCUAUUUUUUGUUCGAUCUUCUUUGUUUUUGUCAAUCUUCCAGCUGUACUUAGAGGAGGAGCCAUUGUCUGUCCGGCAAGACAGCAAAUCAAUAUUACUGUAAUCACAUGUACGUGUAUUUAUAAAAAGCCUUUAGAUAUCUAUCUCUAUAUUGGCAAUAUAGAGAUAAGUAUCUCUAUAUUAGACAUGUAUCUUUAAGAUAUGUAAAGCCAGUUUAGGCCUUCAUAAAGGAUACUUACAGUUAUUAUCAACCUGGGCUUGUAUUUUGGCCUUCAUAAGGAUUAGAAUCUGUCUUACCAGCAGCACUACACAGCACAGUAACACUGGAAAUUGUAAACAUUAAUUUACAUUAAUUUAAUAUUGCCUGGAACUAAUUAAGAAUGGGAUAAAUCUUUGCACUUCAGCCUCCCAGCAUUACGUACAAAAAGUAUACAUUCUAUUCCUGUCUACACAUCUAGUAGGGAAAAAAACAAAGAAGGACGUAAAGACAGAUAUCCAACACAGUCAAAACAAUACAGUGUAUGUCAGAAUAUUCAGUUGUAUUUGCACAUUUAUAGUGUACCUUGUUGAUGUGGCUACUGUAACAAGUAGAACACACAAACUUCAAAAUGAAGACUGCUUCUUCUUUUAUAUUACAUGAGUAUAGCUGAAGAGCAGUGCUUGGUUUCAGCCGUUCUGUAUUUGUUUUGUGACUGUGUGGGAAAGCAGAGGCCCUAGAAAGCUUAAAAAACUGUUUUAAACAAAACAACAGCUUAAAAAAAUGUGUACUUGCCUUUUAAACGAAAUUGGGAGCAGAUUCUGCUGUUUCUCUUGUCGUUCGAUGAUGUGUUCCUCCUCCUCUUCUGCACCCCUCCAGCUUUCGACUGGUGCUCAACUUCCAGCUCUGAUCGAUUCUCAUUCCGCUACUCUUCAUGGCACUUGAUGCUGUACUUAGGUGCUCUUUCUCAAAUCUGGCUCAUCUGGUAUUAGCAAGUAAAUAUUUUUCUUCUGCCCAAGGCGGAGUACCAGAAUGAUGUGAUUGCAGCAAAUUUGUCAUGCAAAGAAAAGUAUAAUGAAUUAUGUUACAAAUGCUUUCCUUUGCUUGUCAUGUUUUUCUAUGGGGAAAAAACUGUACAUAUCUGGUACUCCACAGAGGCGAAUGAUACUAUUUGCAAAUGUCAUUUGACCCAGAUCUGUAAUUGCCACAUAGAGAUGGGACAGGUGGCAGACUUAAUCUUCCUAUAACAUUCAAGUUAGGGAUGAGCAAUUCACAGUGUAAACUCUAGAGGGCAGCAGUGCCUGCCUUUUCAAAGUGGUGUGUACAAACAAACCUACAAGCACUUGAGAGCCAUUCAGAAGCCAGUAGAGCCUUGUCUUGCUGCUUUAACCAUCCAUGGCCAGUAGAGGGGGAUCUCACAUCCUGUUUGCUGACCGUGGAUGGGUCUCACCAGAGCAGCUCAAGGCGAAGCUGCUGUCUGUCCCAUUGUGGCACAAAUGUGAAUGAAGUUUGGAGAUGCUUUUGGGAAGGCCGUGCUAGGCUAGAGCAGAAGGAAACAGUGUUGGGACAGCAGUGCUUUUGGUGCUCCUACACACACACUUGGUGCUCUCCUAUUACACUUGAUUUACUGUGAAGGGCCAACUCCUUCCUCUGCAUGGUGCUGUCAUCUUCGAGCAGAGCGAGGUGUGUCCUUCUGCAGGCACCUUUUGUCACCACAGAGCCAGCCAAUCAAAGUGGCUGCCCUAUGGCUGCAGCUUUGUCAUUGGGGUUAAGAACUGGUGUUCCUUUUUCUUGCGGCCAAGUGGUUUUGUCUCAAACAAAGUACACUGUACAGGGCAGAGAAAGCACAGUCAUUCAAUGCAUUUUGGUAACCCUUUCACAGAGAAAACAAUAAUACUGAGAGUUAAAGGGAGACCUUGGAAAAUUACUGUAGCUUCUGGGAGUUGGCGCCAAAUGCAAAUGCAUUGAAUCAAUGAAUCUCUCACUUUGUGUGCGUUUGUGUGUGUGAUGUGUGUCUGAAAAUGGCACAAAUGCAUGGGUGCGUGAAAGGGAAGAGCCAAAGAGAGAGACUAUUUGAUAGCCUGAGUCCCGAGAAUCAUUUUUAUUUUCUCUCCAUCAACCAUGUGACUGUUUGAAUACUUAAACAGUCACAUGGUUUACUUGCAACAUGUGUUGAAAAUGAAAAUGAGCAACUAGUAGAGCUCGAUACAGGCUGACUCCUGGCUGCUGGGUGGUUGUUUGGGUCGAGGCCCCGUUAUCUGUGAAAGACCCUGUUACCUCUCCCGAAGGUCUCCAGCUCUCUACCUCACGCUGUAGAGACACUGGUCACAAUCACAACUUGCUACUGAGGGCAGAGAAUCAUGCAUAUGUUCCUUUGUGUGCUCUAGAUCUCCACACUCAUUUUAACCUUUUUUUUUUUUUUUUUUACUCUUAUUUAUUACUACAUGGUGAUGAUGAUAAUGAUUGUCUUUGAUGUUAUUGCUUUUUUUCAUCUUUUUUUAUAUAGCUAAUACAAAUUGUACAUAGAGAAGAAAAGAUUUAUAAAAGCACUUUUAAUCUUGAUUUUAAUGACAAAAAGUAAGAGCCGAUUAUUGACAACUUGAAGCUUAGUUUUUUUUUUUUUUUUUUUUUAUUUUCUCAAGAGAGAGAUAAAAAAUGUAAAUAUUAAAAUAUUUAGGUAAGAUUAUUUAACUGGUGAGGAUAGUAACUAAACCAUGAAUGACAAGGGGGUAUUUUGAAGUCUCUGACAGCCCUCAACAACAGUAAACAACACUUGGUCCCAAUGUGUUGUGUGUAAAUGUGUGCUUAGUAACACUGCUGUUUUGCUUUCGUAAGUACUGUACCCCUUGUCAGCAUGUAACUGACAGAGACCUGUCACUUUCGAAAAACAAAUUCCUUUGCCCAAUUAUGUAACGUGAAACGACACUCAAAAUAACUGGAGGGAUCCCCUGUGUUGCAGUUCUGUGACCAAAACCUUUUAUCUACAAAAAGCAUGAAUUUUAGAGUUUUAGAAACGCUUGUCUCCUUGACAGCAAUUCAUAUUUUGACAUUUUACAGCAGAUGUCAACAACCCAAGAGAAAUCCUCACAAAUUAAUAUCAAAUUUCAAUUUAAGCUUGAAAAAUACCAAAAUUUGACAACAAUUCAACAAUAGUGAUCUACAGUAAGCUAAGGACAAAUCUAAAAGGGUAAGCAUAACCUGAUAUAUGCUGUUUGUUCAUUUUGGGAAAUACACUUAUUUGCUUUCUUGCCGAGUGUUAGACGAGAAGACUGAUACCACUCAUGUCUUUAUGGUGAAUAUGUAGCUGGAGCCAGCAGGCAGUUAGCUUAGCUUAUCUUAGCAUAAAUACUGGAAACACAGGGAAACAGCCAGCCAGGCUCCUUCGACAGGUAACAAAAUCCACCUACCAGCACCUCUAAAUCUAACCAUCACAAUAUAUCUCGUUUGUUUAAUCAAAAACCGAAAUCUGAACAUCUGGUGGUUAUGUCUCCAACUACUCCGUCCAAGUAACCAGGCCAACAGCAGAGACUACAGUAAGUCACUGCACCUAGCCAAGAAAUGAUCUGCCACGUAUCCUGUGCAUUUGGUCAGAGCGGGGCUAGCUGUUUCCCUCUGUUUCCAGCCUUUAUGCUAAGCUAAGCUAACCGGCUGCAGCCUGUAGCUUAUAUUUAACAUACAGAAAUGAGAGUGGUAUCAAUCUUCUUAUCUUAGUCUCAACAACAAAGCGAAUUAAGUAGAGUCGCCCUUGAUAAAUUUACCACAAAUCGUGCAGGACUGCAUCCGAAGGGGGUGAGGGGGGGUAUGUUUAGGAACCAGUCUGAGGUGAAUCAGUGGGCGAUGUUUUAGCGAUCUUUGUCAGUUGUGUUAGACUAUCAGGUAAGAGACUGCUCCCUGCUUGUUUAGAUGUAUCUAUCAUUAUUAUCCAAUCUAGUUCUCAUAAUAGUAAGUAUGCACCUGGCAUAAAAAUCACGACGCUCCUGUUUAGUUUGUAAUGAUUAGAUUGAUCAUAUGAUACACACAUUAUGGCCAACAGGUGCAGGGGCUGGGACUGGUACAGAUACAGGACCGAUUUUACUUUUUACCAUAAUGCAUGGCCCACAUUACACACACACACACACACACACACACACACACACACACACACACAUACUUGUCUAACAAUGGGUGCUGAGGAUACAGUGUACAUGAUAUCUUAAUAACUUUGUAAAUUUCUAAAUGUCUCACGAGUUUGGUGGAUGGUUCUCAUGAGAGGUGCCACCUCCCAAGCACGUACCGAGAUGGGGGGUCGGUCAGCUGGUGCUAUGAUGCUACACCUUAAAAAAAAAUUCACUGUGUAAAAAUGUGAGGGAUAAAUGAUUACCACAAAUAUUUUUCUGAGCUCUUCGAAUGUCAAAAGAACUAUACUUUUGAUUCAAGCAGUUUCACAGGAUAGGAAGCUGCCCUGGUGCUGACUUUAUGAAAAGUCUUUUGUUACAACGCUACAAAUUUACAUCUCUUUUUGAGGGCAGGGGGGCACUCAAACAGUUGAUUACAUUCUCUAUCAAUAUUCAUUCCAUAUUGUACUUGAACUCAUUAAAACUAGGAUGAGAUAUAGAAUCAUAUUAUAUGAAGACUGUUAUCUGGGUUUCACAUUUGGUACAGUGCAAGUACCACAGGCUAUUGAAAUGAUCUUUUGAGUAUAUUGUACAUGUUGAUGGUAACUGAAUGCUAAGAUAUUUGAACAAUACAAGAAUAGCAAUUGUGUACUGCCUCCCUCUUCCUCUCCCUAGUCAUGCACUUCCUUUACUCAACCCCUCUCUGACUCUUAACACCUUGUAUAUUUUGUCUUUCUCACACACAAACAUAGAUACACAUAUGCAUCUCGCUGUGUAUGGCCCACUUUUAGAAGUCUCUUGAACACAUUAUUUAAUGAACACUCUCCAAAUUCGGGAUAAAGACUUGGACCCUGGCCCAUACAAAAAUAAAAAUGAACCUACACAACUGGCAGCUACAUUCCUGUUUGAGUUUUAGGGUUGUUCUUGGUUCAUUAUUUUCAUGUCAAGGAUGCAGUAUGUAAAAAAAAAAGUGUUUUUGUUCAGUCUCUCUCUCUUUGUAGCUGUAUGGUGUAUUAUGUGAAUACAUAGUGUAUGUGGUAAAAACCCCACAAUAUUGUUUUAUGUUGCGCGAUAAAUAAAAACAUUGAAGUGAAAA